AUGGGAGUUUUGGCUAAGAUGUGGGUUAAGAUGCGUGAUAAGGUCGAGUUAGGAAAUUUUCAGACUGAUUCUUCCCUCCAUGACCCAGGCUAUGAAAGUUUAUUGCAGCAGUUCUUACCUUCUCAACAACAAGGUAGUACAUCCAAUCAAAGCCUGGGGAUGUCGUCGAUACCACAGCAACCACAACAAAAUUCUCUAAACAUAUCUGGUGGUUCCUCUCAGUCGCCACUUUUUAAUUAUAUGUUUGGACUUUCUUCCCAGUUUCCUCAGACACAACCUAUGGGAAGUCAGUUUGGAGGAUUGCCGCAGCAACAGCAACAGCAACAACAACCUAUGUACAGUCAAUUUAGGUCGUUCAUGCAGCAGCAGCCGGUAUAUCCUCAUUAUGGAGGAUCGACACAGCAGCCCGUUUAUAAUCAGCAGUACUACACUACUCUGAAUCAACAACAGCAGCAAUCUCCUUUGAUUCGCCCACAGCCUCGGCCAUAUUAUCCUUCGCCGCCAGCACCACAGUCUCAUGAAGGCUCCGCCGGUAAUAAUAUUAUUACUGACGGGAGGCUAGUUCCGCCGGUAAUAACGACUUUUAUUGACCGGUUUUUACCGGCGGAUUUUUGCCGGUGGAGACCGCCGGUAAAAGUAUUACCGGCAGCUUUCCUGACUAUUGUCGGCGGUUUUCUCCGCCGGUAA